AUGCGACAAGCUGAGCGAGCCGCCAUACCGCUCUUGUUGACCGACUGGUAUCAUCGGCCCUCAGAUGUUAUCUACGAUGCAUACUUCACCACCGGCGCGUUCCCUCAGUGUGUCGACAGCCUUCUGGCCAAUGGAUUUGGCAGAGUACAGUGUUUGUCUGAAAGUGUCCUUCAAGCCGGUCGAGGGUUGGGAUUGGAUUCCAUCGUGGCGAACGAUCCGCAUGAUCCUCUGACUACAGCGAUGCCUAUGGCGUCUGACAGCAUGUCUGACAUGCUCAUGGACACAGCCUCGGGCAGCAAAAUGCCGAUGGAAGCAGUGUCAUCGUCCUCCAUCUCGACGAGCUCGAUGUCGAUGGAUCCAAUGUCGAUGGACUCAAUGGAAACGGACAUGUCCAUGAGCAUGCGCAAACGUUCUGAUCAUGCAACAACCACGGCAGCAGAUUCUACAACCUCUGGUAUGAGCAUGGCGUCGGCAAGCAGCACGUCCAUGUCACCAAUGGCCACCAUGUCAGGCAUGGCAGACAUGCCCAAUCUCGGUCCUAACGGUUGCAGUAUGCCGAUGAUGUGUAGACCAGGCUUUGGCGCAAGUUCCCUGCCACCAGAGACAUGCAGCAACACCAUGUCAGAGCUUCUCAUGUCAAGUGUCACCGCUUCUCAAGGUUGGGCAGCUUUCCAUCUGGUAAACGCAGGUGCUGUGAGUAGGCUGAGCAGCUCACUUGACGGUCAUUCCAUGUUCGUUUAUGCUGCAGACGGACUCUAUGUGGAGCCGCAAGAGGGGCUACACCUCUCAUUCGGCCAGCGGUAUUCAGUGAUUGUGGGACUCGAUCAGACGCCGGGAAACUACUACGUACGUUUUGCUUCGUAUCCAUACGGCGAUAUGCAGCAAGUCAUCGAAGGUCAAGCAAUUCUGUCAUACCAGACCAAUGGGACCAGUAUGACCAACAUGCACACUGUGGAUGAUUCCGGUUUGACCUGGAUGCUCGUGAACGGGUCGGCAAAGCCUAACGCUACCGAAUUGGACGACCAGAUGCUUGCACCCUUUAAUGGAAAUGCACCCCCAAGCGGGCAGUCAGACGUGACAGAACUGUUCGCCAUUAAUCAAACCGAUAUUCCCCAUAAUAUAGGAAACGCUUCCGAUGGCUGGAACGCUGGCACAACUCUCUACAUGCCCGGCAACUCGACCGUUGAUCUUAUCAUGUAUGUUGCGAACGACUCGAUGGAUACGAUGGGGCAUCCCAUGCACCUUCAUGGUCACAAAUUCUGGUUUCUGGGAUCAGGCGAAGGCGUAUUUCCGCACAGCUCUGUCACUGAGGCGCCUUCAUCCAUGAUAAACUUACAAAACCCUCCUUAUCGAGACACUAAAGAUUUGCCGCCGUCAGGAUGGGCUGUUAUUAGAUAUGUUACCGACAAUCCAGGAGCGUGGUUAUUCCAUUGCCAUGUCCAGUGGUAUCAAGUGAUUGGAAUGGCAGUUGUUCUUGUUGAAGAUGAGGAGCAAAUGCAGCGUACAGUAGGUUCGAUUGAGGCCGCCGCCAACAAUACAGACAUGACUGCUUUGGGAACAUCUCUGGCCAGACUUACCAUGAUUCCCACCUUCUCACAUUCAGUCGUCUUGUGCAUAGUAGUAUUGAGCCUUUUUCUUCAUUAG